AUGGAAAUAAUCAAAAUAGGUUCAAUUGUGAGUAUUUCUCAUUUAUAAGAUGAUGAUGCAUUAAUAGGUGGAGAUGGAUUUAUAAAAAAGUAUUACGAAAUCAAUAAUAUAGUGCUGUAAUACUUAAAGGAAUGUCACCUUAAAAUAAAUUAGACACUAAGGAUUUUAACAUAAGCUAUUUUAGUCAAAUGAAGUAAUUAAUAGUUGUUAUAAUAGCAUGCCUAAUUGCUUAUUUGUAGUUUGUCCAAGAACAUCAAAUGGUAAAAAAGUUGAAGUAGCCAAACUAUUUCCUUAAAGAAAAAAGAAACCUUUUGGAUCAAUAAGUGAUGAUGUAACUGAUCAAAAAAGUGAAAUUACACCUGUUAGAUCAUAAGUAUUAUCAUAUUAUAUUUGCUAUUUAGAUUAAGUCAGUCACACAUUCGGUACAACCAUUAUUAAGUGAAAAAUAAGUUAGGGACAAUCAAAUGAAUUUGUUUAAUGAAUUUAAAUUUAAUGUAGAUGGUUUUGAGAAAGAGAAAGGCAAUUAUGUUAAAUAUGAAGAGCCAAUAUAAUUAUUACAUUUAGCAUCAUCUAAAUGGUUAUGUUCAUUAUUAGAUGAAGCUAAAUUUGAAAAUUAAAACUUUAAGCUUGCUUUAAGUGAUUAUACAAGCGAUGAAACUCUAUUUAAAAUAGUGGCUACUUACAAAUAUUAAAAGGAAGGAGAUCAAAUAGUUUACUCAUAAGAAAUCGUCAGAAUUAUGCGUAUGAUACCUUUUCUUGGAAAACCAACUUAUUUACAUUGUUCAGGUGAAAUUCCACAAAAAGCAAUUAAAGAAUAUAGAGAAAGUAGUGAAGUUAAGAUUUAAAAGAGAGAAAUUAAUGCCUCACUUGAAGAAUCAACAUCUUGGAAAAUUAAUUUAUUUUCUGAAGAAUUACCAAUAGAUGGUGAUUUAGUAUGGAUCCAUCAUUCUGAAACAUGUUCAUAAUUGGCUGUUGAAUAUGAAAGAGAUCUAAAUAAAGCUAAGAUUUCAGUGUUUUAAACAGAUUUAAGUGAGUUAUCAUUUGACAAUUAUAGUGGUAAUGCUUAUUCAUUGUGGAUAAUUGAAGAUGAAGAUUAUAAAAAAGGAGGACCUUACUUAUAUUCAAAUAAUUAUAGAUUAAAGCAUUUUCACACUGGAUUAUAUUUAGCUUGUGUUAGAAUUGUUCCUAAAGAAUAAGAAGACAUUAAAAUUGAUCCAUAUGGUAAAAAGAAAGUGAUUAUACCAAAGAGUAAAAAAGUUCCUGCUACUUUUUCUUUAUAAGUUUAGCCUAAUAAGGAUGCUUUAUUUAGAUUUGAACCAUUAAAAUCAGUUGAUAAAGAUUAAAUUUCAUCUGAUUUUAUUUAGAUUAGAAGUGUUGCAUAAGGAAAGUAUCUUGAUGUUAUAAGUAAAUUUCAUCAGGAUGGCAACACUUUUAAACCUAUUAUUUUAAAUUAAAAGAAUGAACAUGCAGUAUUUAAAAUCUUUAGAGCUAAUAAAUAAGAAACUUAAGAAAUACUUUUUUUAGAUUCAUGUACAAAAUAAUUAAGAAAGUAUUAAUUUUAUAUCAAUUUACCUUUUAAAUUUGAAUAAAAUUAAAUAUUUUAAUAAUUAUCAGAUGAUGUUGAUCUAUUAAAAAUAAAGACUAAAAAAUUAGCCACUGCUUAAAGAUGCAUUCAAAAUUUAGAUGACUUUCUUAGAUAAAAAAUAUAUAAUUCAAGUCCAUCAUAAAAAUAUGGUUUCAUAUCAUAAAAAAGGUAGAAACUCUUAAAGGAUUAACAUUUCUUUGAUGUACUAUUAUAGAUUCUUACAUCUACAGUAACAAAACAAGAAUUAGAGAUAUGGUCUAAUAAAAAGGGAAAUCUCAAAGCAAUGGAAUAGCCUUCUAUGACUGAGAAAAAUCAAAGAAAAUAAUUGUAGAGUAUAUCUGAAAAAGAAAAAAUAGAAUUGUCUAAUUCAAAGGUUGAAGUUUGUAAUAUGAUAUUUGUAUUACUAUAAACUAGUGUAAUAAAUAAUACAAACAAUUAACUUUAUCUAUUUGAAAGAUUACCUGAUUAUUAGCAUUAUUGUAAGUAUCUUCCAUAAACAAUUAAUUUUUUAAUUGAAAUGGUUAAAAGUAAUGAGAAAAUUUUAAUCAAUUUAUGUAAUAAUUUAAAAAUUGAAUUUGAUUACAUAAAAUAACAAGAAAUUUAAGAUGAUUUUCAAAGUAAAGUAAAAGUAUUAAUCAAUUUUUACGAAAAAGAUGUUGGAAUUUAAUAAGAUGUUUCUAUACCUGUAAAAGUUCAUGAUCGUAUCAUUACAAGGCCAAUUAAUAUAGUAUAAUAUUUUUUUAAUCUGUUUAUUGAUGACACUGCUAAAAACAAUGAACAUUAUUUGAAAUUUCUGAGACAUAUUAGUAGAUUUAAAAAUAAUGCAAUUAGUAUUAAUUAAGAAAAUCUGUUCAAAUUGUAUAAGAAAUAUAGCAAAUAAACAAAAUUGUUAUAAAUCGAAACUAAUAAUGGAUGUAUUAUAGAUAAAGAAAUCUCAUUUUAAUAUGAAUUAUUAUAAUUCUUUUCAGAAGUAUCAUAUGGAAGAAAUUAUUUAUGGUAAGCAGAAUUAAGUCCAUUGUUUGAAAAAGAGAUUUUAAUAAAUUAAAUUUGGAAUCCAAAUUAGAUUGAAGGAAAUUAAAUAGAUGAUAAAUUAAGGUCAUAUUGGUGUAGGUUAAGUAGAACAUUGUAUAUAGAUUAAUAACCUUUUUAAUAUUUAAUAGUUCCUAAUUAUUGCAGAUUAUAUUCUCCUUAUUAAGAGUAAUUAAAAAAUAGAAAUGAUGAAGAGAUUGAGAAAUAAUUUAAAUUGAAAAAGAUGUUUAAAUAUAUAAAAUCUAAAAGAAGUGAUGUAUAUAAAGCAAUAGCUAGUCUUGCAUCUAGUGAUUUAUUAAAUGAUGAAUUAAUAUAUAAUGCAGCUGAUUAAAUUUUAACAAUGUUGUAAUUAGAUAUCAUGCCAAGUAAAUAUUACAAAAAGAUAAUUAAAUAUAUGUCAGAGAUAUUUAUUUAUGAUAGAAAGAAUCUUGAUUAUUUGAAUGCUGCAGUUAAAAGUUAUUAACAAAUUGUAAAUGAGAGAAAAAGUAGAAAAAGUUUAGUAAUGAAUUAAUUUGGUAAUGCUUUUAGUGGAAUGAAAGAUCUUAUUUAACUUAAAUAAGAUGAUAAAGUAGAUAUUGGAGAAGAAGAAGAAGAAGAAGAAAUUAAUUUGUAUGAUUAACCUAAAUUAUUUUUGAAUCCAAUAAUGAAAGGAUUUAUGACAAUGAGUAAUUAAUUGGAAGGUAUGAUUACUUUACCAAAAUCUUAGUAAGAAAUUGAAUUUAAAUUGAAAGUGUGUUCAAUUCUAGAUCAUUUUUUAGAUAGAAGAUAAAACUUUUUAAUUUCUAAUAUUCUAUUAUUUUUCAUAAAAUAUUAAUAUACAAAUGAGGAUUUAUCUGACGAAGAUGAUGAUUAAACUAUUAAGGCAGCACCAAAAAUAUUUAAUAAUAACUAUAAAACAUUGAUUCCAACUAUUGCUAGAACUGGUAUUGAUGAAAUUGAUGAACCUGAAGACAUAAAUUAAGAUAUCCUUUAGAUGGCAGUUAAGAAGCCACCAAUAUUUAUUAACUAUUUUUAAAAAUAUUAAAUAUAAUCUGAAGAGGAAUUCUAAGAAUUAGAUUAUUAUUUAAGUUAAGCAUAAAAGUUUGAAAAUGAAAGAUUAAGUGAAAGUUAAUUAAAGGAAAAGCAAGUUGCAAGUUUAUUACCAUAUUUGAUAUCUACUUACUUUUUAGUUAAGGAUUAAGUAUUAGAAGAAAGAUGUCUUAAUGUUAUAAUGAGAGUAUUCAAUUAAAGAGAAGAAUUAAGAGAAAAUAUGAAAAAAUUACAAAUCUUAUUUGAUGAUGAUAACAUUAAAAUAUAUGAAUUUGUUGAACAUCUUUAAAAAGAUUUAAGAAUAAUGGUGGAAAAGACAGAAAUUUGGUUAACUCAAUUUAAGGCUGGAUAUGAUGUUGAAGAACUUGAUAAAUGCUGUAAUAUUAUAAGACAAUUAAGUUUAUGUAUGAGAUAAGGGGUUUAAGUUAAUGACCAAAAAUAAGAAUUAAUAGUAGAAGUAGUCAAUAAAGAGAUUUAUGAUUCUGAAAAGUAAUCAAUUAUGACCUUUUUAAAAAUUCAUGAAAUUAUUGUCAAUCUAAUUUAAAAUGGUAUGGCACAUUUUAUAUGUGUUUUGAAUGAUGAAUAAAUCAAAAUUUAAAGAAAAGAAUAACUUUUAUAACUAUUUUCAAAUUCAUUUUAAUUUCUCAUUUGUUAUUGUUAAAACAAUAAGGGAAAUCAAUUAAUACUCUAUCAAUAUUUAGAAAUAUAUUUAUAAUAUAUAUAAUAUGAUGUAGGAUAAUGUAAACUUUUAAUUGAAAUAUUUAAAGAUAAUCCAAGAUUAUUAAAUACUGGAGUUAAAUCUCUAGUAUCAAGAUUAGUUGAAAUCAUUGAAAGAGAAGGAAGAUAAGUUAAAUUUAUUGAUAUGUAAUAUAUAGAUUUAUAUUCUUUUUAGAUUAAUAAAUUUAAUUAGUAUUUAAGGAUAAUAUUUAUUAGAAAAUCAAAUUUUAAUAUUAAAUACUUUCUUACCUAUGAGAGAAUUGAAAGAAACAGAAUAAAGAUUAUUAUAUGCAGAAGGUAGUUAAUAAAAGGAUCUUAGAUUUUAUUUUGAUGAUUAAUUUUUAGAACCAGAAGAAAAUUUAAUACAUUAAUUGGAAUUAAUUGAUUGGAAAGAUUGUUAUAGAGAUGAACCAUUUUUAUAUCAUUCUAAGAUUUUAGAUUUGUUAUUAUAAACUUCUUUAAUUGAUGAUACUGCAAGAGAUUAUCAUCCUUUACUUAUGCCUACAGAUAGUUUUAAUAUUAGUGUUUUUAAAUUAAAAAAAAUGAUUAAACCAAGUUAUCUAUUAGAAAUCUUAAGAUUAGAUGAUGAUAUGGUAUCAAUAAAACAUAGAUUAACAAGAAUGCCAACUCAAUUUAUUAAAAAUUAAGCUGAUUAAUAAUAAGAUGAAUAAUUUAAUAAAAAGAAAGGUUACUCUGCUAUUAAACCUAUUGUUUGUGAGUUUUUGAGAUUGGUACAUAUUGUAAGUGAAAAAAAUAAUGCAUAAGAAGGUUUGUUUUCAUAAUUGAGUAGACAAUUUAUACAUUUUGUUGAAUUUGAAACUAAAAAAUUAGAAGUUGUUGCAGCUGGAACAGAUUAUUAAAAUUGUUAUUUAGAUUAUAUCAUUGGAUAAGUUAUUCCAUUAAUAUUAUGUUAUCAUUAAAGAGUUUUGAGUGUUUAAUAAGAGGAUGUUAAAACUGCAUUAUUUGAAUUUUCUAAUCAAUUUGCUAAAGCUCUUUGUUCUAGUUUCUAUUUAAAGUUGACAAAAUUUGAAGAAUUAGAAAUCAUUGCAAAAUUGAGAGAAUAUUAUUAAAAUGAAUACUAUGAACCUUCAUUUAGAUAAGAAGGAGAAUAAUCAAUAUUACAUUUAUACCAUGUUUAAUAUUAAUUAUAAGAUGGUGAUGAUUUAUAGAAACCAGUUUAAGAAUAAUAAUUAUAAUCAAUACCAAAGAAAUCUUAAACAAAAUCUAAAAAUCUAUUAAGUUAAUUUGCCUCUUUGAAUUUGUCAUUAAAUAAAACAAGUAAACACAAAAGAAAUGAUUUAACUCCAAUAAAAUUAUAAGAAUAAUGGAAAAGAUUUGCUGAGGAGAUUUUUAAAUCAUAAAAAUUGGAAGAAGAAAUAGACAUGGAAAAGUAAGCAUUGGCAGAUGCAAUCAUAGGAAUAGAUAAAUUAAUAAAGGAACCUUGUGAAAUUAAGCCAUCUUUGGAAUCAAUAUUAAAGAAAUUCAUCACAUUUCUUUAGACUGCUGUAUUAUAAUAGGACAAUAAAGGAACUAUUGUUAUAUUAUUAAAGAUUAUGUCAAAGAUUAUUGAGAAAUAAGAUUCAGAUGAAAAGAAAGAAUACUAUUAAAAAUUAUUUGAUAAUUUAGGAGCAACAAGAAUGGUACUUAAUGUUAUUACAGAUUAUUCAAAAUUACUUAGUAAUGAAAUGUUAUUUUAUUUAAUUUCAUUUAUUAAUGUAUUACUUAGAAAUGGUAAUACAUAAGUAUAGAAUACAAUUUAUACAUUUUGUCAAACUCAAUAAAAAAGUGAAGUAAUGUUUUAGACAUUUGCAAGAUAUCUAGAGAUUGCUGCUACAUCUGGAAGAGAUAUGAAUGAAGAUUAAGAGGAAGUUGAAAUUUAAAAGAAAAUUGUAAAUUGUAUUUUGAAAUUUUUUUAAAAUUGUACUGAGGGACAUUAUUAAAAUAUGUAAAAUUACAUAAGAUAUUAAAAUAAUUCAAGAGCAUCUAAAGAUCUAAUCAAUUUGGUGGCUGAUUUAUUUAAAAAUUAUGAUAGAACUAAGCAAAAUUUUAGUAAUUUAAUGUGUUGUUUAGAUACAUUAAAUGAAUUAGUAUAAGGUCCUUGUUCAGAAAAUUAAAUAGCAGUGGCAGAUUCUAAAUUCUUUGAUGUUGUAUAAGAAAUGUUUCCUUUAAGAAAAAAUGCUGCAAUAUAAUAAAAAACAAUUAAAGUUGCAGCAACUAAAAGGGUAAGUGUAUUGCCUUCUUAAUCUACUUCUAAUUUAUUAACAAGAGGUAUGAAGGCAUAAUUGUAAAAUAAGAUAUUGGUUUUGGUUCUUUCAUUGUUGGAGAAUAGAGAAAUUAGAGGAAAGAAUUCAAUAAUUAAAAGAAUUAUGAGAGUAUUACCUAUAAAUGUUUUAGAAAGACAUUUAAGUAAAAUUUAUAAGAAAUGGUUUAAUAAAUAUACAGGUGAUUAUAAUAUGUAAGCAUAUGAAUUGUUAAAGAUUGAUGCAAUGGAAUUAAAUGAAGAUGGAUAGGAGAAUAAGGAUUGUGAAAUUAUUAUUUAGAAUGGUUUCUAUAUAAUGUUCUUGAUUUGUUAUUAUAUGGAAAGUGAUGAAGAGAUUGAUUCAGUUUUCAUUGGAUAUAAUAAAUAAUAUCUUAAAAGUUAAAAUCAGCAGAAUUCAUUGUUUGAUCCAAAUUCUACCUUAGGAUAAUUAUUUGCUUUGGGAAUGGAAUUGUAUGAAAUGUCCUUAUUAAAAACUUAAUAGAUGUUUAAUGAAUUGAAUAAGGCCAGAAAGGAUGAUCCAGAAUUUAUUAUGGAAUAGAUGAAACGUAAAUAAGAGGAAAAGAAGAAAAGAUUGAAAAAAGCAUUCAUGUUUUUCAGAGCCAGAACAGCUCAUAUAGAAGUAGUUAGGGAUGAUCAAAUAGAAUUAGUUUUUUUCCCAUUGUUACCAUUUAGUAAAUUAAAUAAAGAUGAGAAACAAUCCUUUCAAUAAACAGUUGAUCGUUCUUCAGCUAAAUCAAAGGUUUAGGAUCUGAUGGAAAAGAGUCCUGAAUUAAUCUAAAUUAUGAGACAUGAGGAAGAGAUGAAUAGAUUCUAUAAACAAUAUAAGAUUAUUGGAUUCUUUGCUAAUUAUAUCUAAUUGUGGAAAGAUUUAGCAUUCUAUUUGACUCUUAUAAUCAAUAUUAUGAUUAUAGGUUCCUUUUCACAUCAAUCAGAUCCAGAAAGACCUAAAGAUGAAGUUAGUAAUGAAGCUUUAAAUGAAUAUAUAUUUUUUAGAAAGGAUGAAUGGAAUUAAACAUAAACUAAAGAAUUAAUAAGUACAUUAGGAUAUGCAAUGAUGAUUUGUUCUUUAUUUGUUGUAUUAUUUGUCUUAGCCAGAAUAGCUCCUCUUAUUAUCAAAAAAGCAUUACAAAGAAAACCCUUAUUAGAAGGACAAGGUAUGAUAAGAUUAUUAUUAAAUUGGUUGGCAAAAUUCUUUUUUGUAAUCUUCUAUUGUUUACAAGAUUUCCAAUUAGUUUACUAUUUAGGAUAUGGUGCAUUAUCUGUAAUUGGUACAUUAGUACAUCCCUUCUUCUUUUGUUUUCAUUUGACAGUGAUACUUAUAAGAUAUCCAACAUUAAGUAAUGUUGUUAGAGCAGUCACAAUGCCUUGGUAAUAAUUAGUACUUACUCUAUUACUAAUCAUAAUUAUUACAUAUAUAUUUACACUAAUUGCUUUUUAUGCUUUACAAGAACCCUUUGGAUUAGAUUGUAAGGAAGUUAGUAUUUGUUUUCUAUAAAUAUUUGAUAAGAAUUUUAAAAAUCCUGGAGGUAUAGGAGGUGACAUUACUAAUAAUAAUCCAUCUCCUACUUAUGAGAUCUUUAGAUACAUUUAUGAUCAAAUUAAUAAUCUCUUAUUAGUUAUUAUUAUGGUAAGUAUUGCAUCAGGUAUUAUUAUUGAUACUUUUGGAUAAUUAAGAGAAGAUGAAAAUAGAAUGAAUAGUGAUAUAAAAGAUAAGUGUUUUAUUUGUGGUUAAGAGAAGUAAUUAAUAUAAUAUAUAAAUAAUUUAGUAUAAUUUUUGAAAGAAGUUCUGAUGGUUCAUCUGGUGGAUUUAAGAAUCAUAUAAGACAGAAUCAUUAUAUGUGGAAUUAUUUAUAUUGUAUAUAUAAAUUAAUAAAUUAUUAAUAGAUAUUGCAUAUUUAUAAUGGAAAGAUCCAUAAGACUAUUCAGGUAUAGAAUCAUAUGUGGAUAAAAAAAUAAAAGAUACUGAUUUGAGUUGGAUUCCUUUUGGAAGAGCAAGAGAAUUAUAAAAAGGAGAGGAUGAAUAAGAAAAAUAAGCUAAAUAGAUGGAAUAAUCCUCUAGUAAUAUUGUAUCAUUAUUGACAUAUUCAAAUGAUAUAAUUUAAGCACUAAAAGAAAAGAAAGAAAAAAGAAAACAACAUUUCACAUAAUAAACUCAACCAACACAAUUUAAGGAGUAAAUUGUAUCCCACUAAUCAAUGGCUUUAAUAUGA